ACACGGAGCACCGCAAGCGCCCCAUCUGCACCGAGGCCGCUGCGAUGAGGACUGCGAGAUCCAUCGUUGCUGCACUGCUUCUGUGCCUGGCCGCGGCGGCGACCGCCCAGGAAGCGUCGAACGUCCGCGCCACCUACCACUACUACUAUCCGGCGCAGAACAACUGGGACCUGAACGCCGUCAGCGCGUACUGUGCGACGUGGGACGCCGAUGAGCCAUUGGCGUGGCGGCAGAAGUACGGGUGGACGGCCUUCUGCGGCCCUGCCGGGCCCACCGGCCAAGCUGCCUGUGGCAAGUGCUUGUUGGUCACCAACACAGCGACAGGGACUCAGGCGACGGUCAGGAUCGUAGACCAGUGUGCAAAUGGAGGGCUGGAUCUGGAUCAGGGUGUCUUCUCUCAGCUGGACACCGAUGGGACUGGCUACGCGCAGGGACAUCUGAUCGUGAACUACCAGUUUGUGGACUGUGGUGACUGACGUGUGUCUUCGUCUUCUCCUCAUGCAUAUCAUGGCCCCAUCUUUGUGUCGUCCCUCUCAACUCAAUAAGAGGCCAAAAAUGGAUGAGGAAAUAAACGCGAUGAAAUAAUAAAGUUUCCAUUGUUGUCAGUA